AUGGACGUUCCGUCCAUUGCUUUUGGCUUCACGCUAGGUUUCGUCAUCCUCACCGGAAUGAAAAUUGGGCGACAGUCAAUGGCAAUGUACAAGCGAACAAAGAAGAUAUGGAAUCCCUAUCCAUGGAUGUGUUGGUCCGAAUUGAUCGUAAAUUUGGUUAUGGCUGUCCUUACAUGGUUGUUCUUGCACGAAGAUAUAAAAGGAUCUUUCGCAUUCUUUUUUAUCCUCGUAACAACCUGGGUUCUUCAAACCCAGCUACUCAUUCAGAUCAUUGCCAACCGAGUGGCACUCGUCAUGACAGACAAGCGAAAAGCUACAAAGCUCAAAUGGGCUUUAUUCGUCGCUGUUGGACUCAUCAAUAUCUCUGUCUACUGUAUAUGGAUUCCGGCCCGAAUGCAGAUAUCCCCCAUGUGGAUUCACCUAAACGAGAUCUGGGACCGUAUCGAGAAAGUCAUCUACCUCUUGAUUGACUUCGCUCUGAACGCAUAUUUCCUCUACCUAGUCAGGGCCAGAUUGAUCUCAAAGGGCCUAACCAAGUACACUCCGCUCUUCAAUUUCAACGCAAUCAUCAUCGUCGUCUCUCUAUCCAUGGAUGUCCUACUAAUCGGCAUGAUGUCCCUCCGAAAUACCUUCAUCUACGUGCAAUUCCACCCUGUAUCCUACAUCGUAAAACUCAACAUCGAAUGCUCCAUGGCCGACCUGAUAUCCAAGAUCGUACGCGGGAACGAGAGGACCGACGCCUUCCACUCCGGCAGCAAUUCAUACCCGACUGAGCUUGCGUCGCGCAGCGCGCACGGUACGAAAAUGGGGAACACGACGCAUACGACGACCAUUCGUGGGAAUCAUACUGCGCGGGGGGGAGAGGAAGAGAGUGAUAGUAGUCUUGAUGAGGAGAGGGGCGCAGCGGGGAUUAUGAAGACGGUUGCUACGACUGUUGUGCACGAUGCGGCGGAGAAGGAGGAUAGUAGGAGUGUGUCGAGUAGUACGGUCCAGUUGAAUGAUGAUUAUCAGGUCGGGGCGAAAUCUAGCUUCUAGAAUUGAAACGCCUAGAAUAGUAAUGAGAUGCUGCAAUCCACUAAUA